AAUAUAUUAAAAUAUAUUUAAUAAACGUUUUCAUUCCUUGUGAGAAGUUGAAUUUGAUAAAGUAAAGGUGUGGUGAUAGUAGUUUUAUUGUUUUAUAGUAAUUAUGCCAGCUUUUCAUUCCAGUUUCUUAAAACCUCUAGAAAUAAUAGGAAAUACUGCUAUUUUACCUAUUAAAACGCAAUUUACAGGCCCAGCGCCUUUAGACGUUUCGCAAGACACAGAUAUUAUAGAUGAGGCUCUCUACUAUUUUAGGGCAAAUGUUUUCUUCCGUACUUAUGAAAUUAAGUCCGAAGCAGACAGGCUAUUAAUUUAUAUAACCUUGUACAUAACAGAAUGUUUGAAAAAACUUCAAAGGUGUUCCAACAAAAGCCAAGGUCAAAAUGAAAUGUACAGUUUAGCAAUUUCCCGUUUUGAUAUUCCAGGGGACCCAGGAUUUCCUUUGAAUUCCGUUUAUGGGAAGCCCCAGUCACAAAAAGAAGCAGACUUUUUAAGAGGGUAUUUGACACAAGUGAGACAAGAAACGGGGCUGAGAGUAUGUGAAAAAGUUUUUGGAGAAGAUGGUAAACCGAGUAAAUGGUGGUUAUGUUUUGCUAAAAGAAAAUUCAUGGAUAAGUCUUUAAGCGGACCCGGGCAAUAAUGAAAUCACAAUUUAAAAAUAUCAAUUCAACUUUAAUCGCAUUUGUAAUAUACUUAUGAACAAAUAUUAAUGUAUUAAAUAAUGAAAAUGGGUUUAAUUUUUGCUUAAGCAAGAAAAAAGAAUACGUUUGAUUAGCGUUAUAGCAAUCAAACGGCUAAAUUUUUAAAAAAAGGCCUUAAGAGCCGGCCGAUCAUGUACAUUGUUAAAUUCGUUUGUUUCUUCUAUG